AACAAUAAUUCUAUUUUGUGUUUUUAUUGCAGGUCAAUCCUACUCCCCCCGCCACAUCAUCAUGGACCCCAGAGCCGUCACGUGAGCCAAAUACGCCCGAAAAACCCUGGAAACGUAAGGCCGCUAUGGGUGAUGAAUCACCGUCCAGUCGCCCAAACUCCCCCAUUUCUCCGGAACCGCAGAAGAAGAAACGUAGAAUGCUGAUUACCGUAACAGAUAGUUACAGAGAAAUUCGUGAGGUAUAUUAUGUUGUUACUUAUUUGUCCACAUAUAAAUGUAACAUCAAUGUAAUACACUGUCCUAUUAAACUAUUACUAAGCAAAUUUUAACCUCUACUUCACCACUGGAUAAUCUACUGUUUCGUAUCACAUCACCAACACAUUAAUGAUGCGAGGUAUGGCUAUUCAAUAAUAUCCAAUUAAAUACACAAAUUUCAACAUGCGAAUUUUGUGCGAAAUACUAGCAUUUUUGAGAUAUCGCUCAUAAGAAUGAAACCCGUAAUAAUCACAGUGAAAUUGCAAAAAUUUUCAUUAUAAUGUGUCAGUAACAAUAAUUCUAUUUUGUGUUUUAUUGCAGGUCAACCCUACUCCCCCCGACACAUCAUCAUGGACUUCCACCCCAGGGCCGUCACGUGAGCCAAACACUCAAACAUUUUCUAGACCAAAUCAGGGUUUAAGCAUACGAGAAGGAGGCGGAGAGAGCUUACGAAGAGAAACAAUUCAUUUUGCCAACAUUGAUAAAUUGAGAAAAACUGAUGAUCCGACCAAAAUAAAGGGCUGGAAACGUAAGGCCGCUAUGGGUGACUUCUCACUGUCCAAACGCCCAAAAUCCGCCAAACCUUCCUUUACUUCGGUCCCCAAAACUUGGGCCAACACUCCUGCUCUUUCGUGGGCUUGCCCCAUACAGGCAACUACUUCAUGGCCUCCCCCAACAACGACCUCCGUUCCAACGGCUGUGAUGCCCCUUCCAUCUUCCACGAUCACAUCAGGGGCUUUGAUGUCUGCUUCAUCUUCCACGAUCACAUCAGGGGCUUUGAUGUCCGCUCCAUCUUCCACGAUCACAUCAGGGGCUUUGAUGUCCGCUCCAUCUUCCACGAUCACAUCAGGGGCUUUGAUGUCCGCUCCAUCCUCCACGAUCACAUCAGGGGCUUUCAUGGAACCCCCAACAUGGACCACAACUACUGAGCCUUCAAGCAGCUCUCCGACAAAGGCAGUAACUUCAGGAUUCUCCACCAUCGAAUUAGGAUCACCGCAGAAGACGAAUCCCAUAAUGCAGGUCAACCCUACUACCCCCGCCACAUCAUCAUGGACCCCCACCCCAGGGCCGUCACGUGAGCCAAACACUCAUGAAAAACCCUACAUCAGUAAACCCACGUCCUGGCACUUUCGGCCCGUGGACGAAACAAGAGCUCGCGAACAUGACAAAAUCUUCCAAGAGGAAGAGAUGAAUCAAGCAUUUUCUAGAUCAAAUCAGGGUUUAAGCAUACGAGAAGGUGGCGGGCAGAGCAUACGAGAAAGAGGCCGGCAGAGCAUACGAAGAGAAAUAAUUGAUGUUUCCAAAAUUGGUCAUUUGAGAAAAACUAAUGAUCCAACCAAAAUAAAGGGCUGGAGACGUAAGUUCGGUACGGGUAUUACAUUCUCACCGUCCAAUCGCACAAACACACCCAACCCUUCAGAACCACAGAAGAAGAUAACUGAGUCACCUGAGUCACCGCAGAAGAAAACGCCCAUAAUGCAGUUGGAGGAGCCUGCCGAAGACUCAAGGAGGGAGAGCAACCUUAGCGAGUUGGAAGAGGACCUACCAUUAGAUGAGUCGGUUGAUUUCAUGUUAGACGAGGAGGAUGUCGAGACACCUGUAGAAUGGACUCUACCUCCACCGGAGGAGAGGGAGCUAGAGGUACCGGAAGCAGGCACGAGUCGCCAACAACAUAUUGAACUGCGCCGGAAUGAAGAAAUGUUCGAGCGCAUCCUUAUGAAUGCCUUAAAUAAUCUACAGUUUGAUUCGAUGACCAUUCAUGGAGAUAUGCUCGAAAUAAGAUCCAGCAAUGAAUUAGCAACAGUAGAUCCGGCAAGUGACAAUAAUUGGAAAUAUACAGAUAAAGUGCUGGUUGAAGCUUCACCCAAUGCUGUAAGGAUCAAUGUGGCCGCAGAUGACGUACGGGAAAAUGUUAUAAUAAUUGGCGAAGAUUUCAUGACACAACCCUGGUGUGGAAUAACCUUAAACCUGUGUGACCCUAUUGAGUCUGGUGGGCCCAAGGAGAGAAGUAGAAGGGCAGCCUCAGGCACCGCCUGUUCAGAUCAAAUGCAGCUCAAGAUGAGGUCAAUCCUACUCCCCCCGCCACAUCAUCAUGGACCCCCACCCAGAGCCGUCACGUCAACCCUACUCCCCCCACCACAUCAUCAUGGACUUCCACCCCAGGGCCGUCACGUGAGCCAAACACUCAAACAUUUUCUAGACCAAAUCAGGGUUUAA